UCCCUCCUGUUUGGAGCAAUGAUAAAAUUUCAGGAAGCUGCUAAAUGUGUGAGAGGAUCCACAGCUGUCUCUGCUGAUCCAAAGACCUUGAUUGCGAGAAGAUACCUGCUUCAGCAGAAACUUGGCAGUGGGAGUUUUGGAACUGUCUAUCUGGUGGUAGACAAAAAAGCCAAACCUGGAGAGGAACUAAAGGUACUGAAGGAAAUCUCCGUGAGCGAGAUUAAUCCAAACGAGACUGUGCAGGCCACACUGGAGGCCCAACUGCUCUCUACUCUGGACCACCCAGCCAUCGUCAAGUUCUACGCCAGCUUUGUGGAACGAGAGAAUUUCUGCAUUAUCACUGAGUACUGUGAGGUGAGCUCAUCUUUUCUUAGUUUUCAAAAAUUUAAUAAAAGUUGGUUUAUUAUAAAAUGUCCGUGUAAAGUGACAUUACAGAGUAUCAGUGAGCAAGCCACCAGUUGCUCAUGGAACUCUGUCUACAUUAAAAACUUGUUCUUUUUUCCCCAGGGUCGAGAUUUAGACUGUAAAAUUCAGGAAUAUAAAGAAGCUGGGAAAACCUUCCCAGAAAGUCAAAUAAUAGAAUGGUUUAUCCAGCUAUUACUGGGAGUCGACUAUAUGCACGAAAGGAGGAUACUUCAUCGAGACUUGAAAUCAAAGAACAUAUUUCUGAAAAAUAAUCUGCUUAAAAUUGGGGAUUUUGGAGUGUCUCGACUCUUGAUGGGAUCCUGUGAUCUCGCCACAACUUUAACUGGAACUCCCUAUUACAUGAGUCCGGAGGCUCUGAAACACCAAGGCUAUGAUACAAAGUCAGACAUCUGGUCUCUGGCUUGCAUCUUAUAUGAGAUAUGCUGCAUGAGGCAUGCCUUCACUGGAUCCAAUUUCUUGUCCAUUGUUUUAAAAAUUGUGGAAGGCGACACACCCAUUCUCCCUGAACAAUUUCCAAGGGAACUCAACGCUAUCAUGGAAAGUAUGUUGAACAAGAGUCCUUCACUGAGACCAUCUGCUAUAGAAAUCUUGAAACUCCCUUACAUUGAUGAACAGUUACAGCAUCUGAUGUGUAGAUAUUCAGAAAUGACUCUGGAAGACAAGAAUUUGAAUUGUCAGAAGGAAGCUGCUCAUAUAAUUAAUGCAGUGCAAAGGAAGAUCCACCUGCAAACUCUCCGGGCACUGUCUGAAGUGCAGAGAAUGACCCCCAGAGAAAGGAUGCGGCUAAGGAAACUCCAGGUAGCAGAUGAGCGAGCCAAGAAGUUGAAGAAGCUUGUGGAAGAAAAAUAUGAGGAAAAUAACAAACGGAUGCAAGAAUUGAGAUCACAGAACUUUAAACUGCUGGAUGUCAAUAUAGUUCAUGAAAAGAAGCUUUUGAUGGGAACAGGAGGAAAGGAGGAACCACCCAAGGAAGUUCUUUCCUGUCUGCAGUGCGAGGAGGCUGAAGAGAAGAAGCCAGGAAGAGGCCAGGAAUCUGAUGAACUGACUUCAGAGAACCUGACAGAAUCUCAGCCCAUGUCUUCCCUGAAUGUUGAUGCACUGGAAUCCAAUGUAGAGGACCCCAGAACCGACCUUGGUGAUCAUGAAAUCCCAGAAGACCCUCUAGUAGCAGAGGAAUAUUAUGCUGAUGUUUUUGAAUCCUGUUCUGAAGAGAGUGAAGAGGAGGAAGAAGAAACUAUGUUUUCUGGAUCCGAGGAAGAAGACAUUGAGGAGGGGCUCCAGCUUUCAUGCAGAACGAAUCAACAGGACAGUGACAUUGAAGCACUGGUCAGGUGUUUGGAGAAUGUCUUGUGUUGCACCUCACUUGACACAAGGACCGUCACCAGCCCAGUACCAGAAGCAACCCCUGGACCAACGAUUUUCAACAGUACGAUGGCUGGAAACAAGAUAAAGCGCAUGAGGGAAUCAGCCAUUGAGAAACUGGGCGAACAAGUGUUUGAGGAGGUCUACAAUUACCUUAAGAUGGCCAGACAGCAGAAAAUCAGUGAGGUCGAGAUCCGGGAGUCUCUGGAAAAAGUGGUGCCCCAUGCCAGCGACUGUUUUGAAGUGGACCAACUCCUCUACUUUGAAGAGCAGGGGUUAAUCCCAAUGGUAGAAGGCUCCUCACAUCAAAAGCAUCACUAA